GGAUGGCUGGGCGCGCGGGGUGGUCGCCGAUGCCCCCUGCAGGGCGUCCUUUGCUUGCUGGGCCACAGUCCAUCGAGCGUGGGGGCCCCGGGGGAUCGCGGUGCAUCCGCCUGGUACGAUUCCGGGUGCUGGCACCUUUCUGUGCUGGGCCCUCGGGUCGCGGCGGUUACCGUCACCAUUCGCCCAGCGCUUGCCGAGGGCAGUGUCACGCGAUAUAAUCUCCCUGGGUCACCCAGACAGCAGUCCCUGUGUGACAGUCCAUUUUACAGAGUAGGAAGUGGAGGCCUCAGAAGCUUGCCCAAGGUCACAGCUUCUGAGAGCCAGAACCGGGGUGCAGACCUGCCUCCAUCUACUCCAGGUUAGGUGUAGGCGCUCUUAACCGUGCCUUCGGCUUCCCGGAGUUCAUCGAUGAGCCCGUGUGAACCUCUUAGGAGGGGUAUUGUUACUUCCCGAUGUUGUUCGAGGCAUAACAGAAAGUGUGUCUGAGGUGCUGGGACACUGUUAAAUGCCCAGGGAAUGAAGGCUGUUCAUGCGACACGUGGUGCAUAGGUAACAACUCUAUCGUCCUCUCUCUCCUGUAGGGUUUGUGGGUGGAAAGCAGGCAUGGUCAGGCCCGUUUCACUGGCAGGAAAACAGAGACUGGACGAGUGUCUCUCCAGGCCUUUCAGCCAGUAAAAGCAGUCAAGCUGGAGCCCAAAGCCAGGUGUCCUGACUCGCAGCGGGGGACUCCCUGCAGCAACCAUGAGUCGCCAGCUCUGGAAGAAAGUGGCCAGCGCCACGAUCGGGCCAGGGCCAGUUCCAGCUCCAGGGCGCUGGGUCUCCAGCUCCGUCCCAGUCCAUUGCGACGGGGAACCGCAGUCGCAGCAGCAGCAAGUGCCAUCCUCCGAGGGCGGGCAGCUGCGACACAACCCAUUGCACAUCCAGAUGCUCUCGAGAGGGCUGCACGAGCAAAUCUUCGGGCACGGAGGAGAGCAGCCCAGCGAGGCCGCGGUGCGCCGCAGCGUCGAGCACUUGCAGAAGCACGGGCUCUGGGGGCAGCCAGCCACGCCCUUGCCCGACGUGGAGCUGCGCCUGCCGCGCCUUUACGGGGGCAGCCUGGACCAGCACUUCCGCCUCCUGGCCCAGAAGCAGAGCCUGCCCUACCUGGAGGCGGCCAACUCGCUUUUGCAGGCCCAGCUGCCGCCCAAGCCCCCGAGCUGGGCCUGGGCGGAGGGCUGGACCCGGUACGGCCCCGAGGGGGAGGCCGUACCCGUGGCCAUCCCCGAGGAGCAGGCCCUGGUGUUCGACGUGGAGGUCUGCUUGGCAGAGGGAACUUGCCCCACGUUGGCGGUGGCCAUAUCCCCCUCGGCCUGGUAUUCUUGGUGCAGCCGGCGGCUGGUGGAAGCCAGCCAGCUGUCGCCGGCUGACCUCAUCCCCCUGGAGGUCCCUGCUGGUGCCAGCGGGUCCCCGCAUUGUGAUCGGCAGGAGCGAUUAGUAGUGGGACACAACGUCUGCUUUGACCGAGCCCACAUCAGGGAGCAGUACCUGAUCCAGGGGUCCCGCAUGCGCUUCCUGGACACCAUGAGCUUGCACAUGGCCAUCUCUGGGCUGAGCAGCUUCCAGCGCAGUCUGUGGAUGGCAGCCAAGCAGGGCAAGCACAAGGUCCGGCACUCCACGCCACGAGGCCAGAAGUCCCAAGGCAAAGCCAGAGGCCCAGCGAUCUUGUCCUGGGACUGGCUGGACAUCAGCAGUGUCAACAGUCUGGCAGAGGUGCACAAGCUCUAUGUGGGGGGGCCUCCCUUAGAGAAGGAGCCCCGGGAGCUGUUCAUCAGGGGUAGCAUGAAGGACAUCCGGGAGAACUUCCAGGACCUGAUGCAGUAUUGUGCCCAGGACGUGUGGGCCACCCAGGAGGUUUUCCAGCAGGUGUCCACACCCAGUGACUCUGGCUGGAAUGCUGGAGAUGGGUGUCUCCUACCUGCCUGUCAACCAGAACUGGGAACGCUACCUGACAGAGGCCCAGAGCACCUACGAGGAGCUCCAGCGGGAAAUGAAGAAGUCGCUGAUGGACCUGGCCAACGAGGCCUGCCAGCUGCUCUCGGGGGAGAGGUACAAAGAGGACCCCUGGCUCUGGGACCUGGAGUGGGACCUACAGGAGUUUAAGCAGAAGAAGGCAAAGGUGAAGAAGAAGGAGCCAGCUGCAGCUGCCAAGUUGCCCAUCGAGGAGGGUGGUGCCCCUGGGGAUCCCAUGGAUCAGGAAGACCCUGGUCCCCCCAGUGAGGAGGAGGAGUUCCAGCGGGAGGUCACAGCCCGUGCCUGCUUGCAGCAGCUGAAGGGGACCACAGAGCUCCUGCCCAAGCGGGCCCAGCACCUCCCUGGACACCCUGGAUGGUACCGGAAGCUCUGUCCUCGGCUAGACGACCCGGCGUGGACCCCAGGCCCCAGCCUCCUGAGCCUACAGAUGCGAGUCACACCGAAACUCAUGGCGCUCACCUGGGAUGGCUUCCCUCUGCACUACUCAGAGCGUCACGGCUGGGGCUACCUGGUGCCCGGGCGGCGGGACAACCUGGUGAAAGUGCCAGCAGGCACUACCCCAGAGUCGGCUGGGGUGACCUGCCCCUACAGAGCCAUCGAGUCCCUGUAUAGGAAGCACCGUCUCGACCGGGGGAAGCAGCAGCUGGAGCCCCAGGGGGCAGGUGUGGCUGAGGAGUUCCUGCUCACAGACAGCAGUGCCAUGUGGCAGACGGUGGAAGAACUGGGCUGCUCAGAAGCGGAGGCUGAGGCCACAAUGGAGACCUUGCGUACCGCAGUGCCAGACCAACCCCCAACUCUGACUGCCACUGGUGGCCCCAAAGCCAGCCAGCCCGCCUAUCACCAUGGCAACGGACCUUACAACGACGUGGACAUCCCCGGCUGCUGGUUUUUCAAGCUGCCUCACAAGGAUGGUAACAGCUAUAAUGUGGGCAGCCCCUUUGCCAAGGAUUUUCUGCCCAAGAUGGAGGAUGGCACCCUGCAAGCUGGCCCAGGAGGUGCCAGUGGGCCCCGUGCCCUGGAAAUCAACAAAAUGAUUUCUUUCUGGAGGAACGCCCAUAAACGUAUCAGCUCCCAGAUGGUGGUGUGGCUGCCCAGGUCGGCUCUGCCCCGUGCUGUCACCAGGCACCCCAGCUUCGACGAGGAAGGCCGCUACGGGGCCAUCCUGCCCCAGGUGGUAACUGCCGGCACUAUCACCCGCCGGGCCGUGGAGCCCACGUGGCUCACUGCUAGCAAUGCCCGCCCGGACCGAGUAGGCAGUGAGUUGAAAGCCAUGGUGCAGGCACCGCCCGGCUAUGUCCUUGUGGGUGCUGAUGUGGACUCUCAGGAGCUGUGGAUUGCUGCUGUGCUCGGGGACGCCCACUUUGCCGGGAUGCAUGGCUGCACAGCCUUCGGGUGGAUGACUCUGCAGGGCAGGAAGUCCAGGGGCACUGACCUGCACAGUAAGACCGCUACUACCGUGGGCAUCAGCCGUGAACAUGCCAAAGUCUUCAACUACGGCCGCAUCUAUGGGGCUGGGCAGCCCUUUGCCGAGCGCCUCCUGAUGCAGUUCAACCACCGGCUCACACGGCAGGAGGCAGCUGAGAAGGCCCAGCAGAUGUAUGCUGUCACCAAGGGUCUCCGUCGGUACCGGUUGUCAGACGAGGGCGAGUGGCUGGUGAGGGAGUUGGACUUGACCGUGGACAGGACUGAGGAUGGCUGGGUUUCCCUGCAGGAUCUGCGCAAGAUCCAGAGAGAAGCUUCAAGGAAGUCACGCUGGAAGAAGUGGGAGGUAGCUGCUGAACGAGCAUGGAUGGGGGGCACAGAGUCAGAAAUGUUCAAUAAGCUGGAGAGCAUCGCCAUGUCGGACACACCACGUACCCCAGUGCUGGGCUGCCGCAUCAGUCGCGCCCUGGAGCCCUCGGCCGUCCAGGGGGAGUUUAUGACCAGCCGCGUGAACUGGGUGGUGCAGAGCUCUGCUGUGGACUACUUGCACCUCAUGCUUGUGGCCAUGAAGUGGCUGUUUGAGGAGUUUGCCAUUGAUGGGCGCUUCUGCAUCAGCAUCCAUGACGAGGUGCGCUACCUGGUGCGGGCAGAGGACCGCUACCGCGCCGCGCUGGCCCUGCAGAUCACCAACCUCCUGACGCGGUGCAUGUUUGCCUACAAGCUGGGUCUGAAUGACUUGCCCCAGUCAGUCGCCUUUUUCAGUGCAGUUGAUAUUGACCAGUGCCUCAGGAAGGAAGUGACCAUGGAUUGUAAAACCCCUUCUAAUCCGACUGGGAUGGAAAGGAGAUACGGGAUUCCCCAGGGUGAAGCGCUGGAUAUUUACCAGAUAAUUGAACUCACCAAAGGCUCCUUGGAAAAGUGAAGCCAGCCCGGAGGCUCCGUAUUUGCUCCUGUGGAGCUUCAUCGGGGUGUGCGGGAUCCCAAACUCAGGCUUUCAGCUUUGCUUUUUGCAAAAUGGCUUGCCUAAGGGCAGCCACUUUUCAGUAGCAGGACCUGGCAAGAAGAUUCCUUCUAACUGAAGGUGCAGUUGAGUUCAGUGGGUUCAGUACCAAGAUGCCGACAUCAGCGUGGGCUGUAGGACAAGGGGUACUACUGCUAUUGGGUAAAAAGGAAGCAGAAGACCCAAAGUUCACAUUAACUCAGGCAUUUCCUUUGUUUUCCUUUUCUUCUUUGCUGGUUCUCUGUUUUGUGCCCCGUGCUCUAAUGCAGUGCCCUAGGAGGGAGAGAAGUAAUGCUCUAGUGUGAUAAUGCUGCUCCGAGGCAGUGGGAAUAAAACCAAACCAAACCCUUUGAUGAGAAGA